CUGUAAACCAGACUGUAGUUCAUCAUGAAACUAGUCACAGUUGUAUUGUUCCUCGUGGUGGUCCUGUAUGUGGUUUCUUCGGUGAACGCGCAAGGACGCAGACCACCUAUACCUACUACAAGGCGUACUACGCCACGACCAACGAGACGUACCACUACAAGACCAACGAGACGUACCACUACAGGACCAACGAGACAUACCACUACAGGACCAACGAGACGUACCACUACAGGACCAACGAGACGUACCACUACAGGACCAACGAGACGUACCAUUACAGGACCAACGAGACGUACCAUGCCACGACCAACGAGACGUACCACUACAGGACCAAGUUGCGAUGAUUAUUGUCUACCAGACGUUCAACCCGUUUGUGGAACAGUUUUUCGGGAGGGAAGGUUCAUAAACUGUAAUUUCAGCAAUCAAUGUAAUCUGGAUAAUCACAGUUGUCGAAGACGGGAAGUGUGGAUAUCCAGAAGCGGUAACUGCGCUCAAAAGUCCAGCAACAGAGACUGUGCUUAAUCUAAUACAAAACGACUGAUAUGAAAAGAUUAUGUUUAAAUGAUAAAAAAAUAAUUAAUGGCUUAAAAAAUAUUUUUGUCUUUUUAUAC